AUGGCGGCUCCCUGCAGCCCGGAGAGCGGCGCGCCGGGGGAGCGGCCCCGCGUCUACUUCCAGAGCCCCCCGGCGGCGGCGGCGGCGGCGGCAUCGGCGGGAGGGGAGGCGGGCGCCGAGGACGAGGAGGGCCCGGUGCGGCGCCAGGGGCGGGUGACGGUGAAAUACGACCGCAAGGAGCUGCGGAAGCGGCUGCACUUGGAGGAGUGGAUCCUGGAGCAGCUGACCGUCCUCUACGACUGCCAGGAAGAAGAAAUUCCCGAAUUAGAAAUAGACGUGGAUGAACUUUUGGAUAUGGAGAGCGACGAAUCGCGGAGUGCUAGGGUGAAGGAACUCCUGGUCGACUGCUACAAGCCCACAGAGGUUUUCGUCGUUGACUUGCUAGACAAGAUCCGAGGGAUGCAGAAGCUAAGCACCCCCCAGAAGAAAUGACGUCCUGUCCGUCAGCA